UUAUUAUAAAAUGGUUUUAUGUAUAUAUAACCUUUAACAUUAUAAUAGACUAAUGUAUAAGUUUAUAUUGGAGAAAUUUAAAUCUGGAUAUGGAUGAAGGGAUUGUGCAGUUGUUAACUGUGGGAGAUUCUCCUGGAGCCCAGACUCAUAUUUUGAGUUAUUUUGAGCAACUAAAGAAGCAAGAUGAAGGAUGGCAAAUAUGUGGAGAUGUUCUAGCAAGAAAUCUUUAUGAGGACGAGCGAGUAAAAUUCUUUUGUUUACAAGUGAUGGAAAACCAUAUCAGAUUAAGGUACCAAUCUUUCAACGAUUUACACCGACAGAAGUUCAAAUUGUGUUUACAACAAUGGUUUCACAAUUGCUGUGGUACAGAGCAUAAAGUUUUUAUCAGAAACAAAACUGCACAAUUGUUUUGUCUUUUGUUUAUCCAAGAAUAUCCUGAAAAGUGGUCCUCAUUUUUUAAUGAAAUGUUGAGCCUUCUUGAAGGUGGACCAUUGGCAGUUGAUGGUUAUUUGCGUGUGUUGGUUGCAAUUGAUGAAGAAGUUGUUGCAAGACACAUUCCACAUACUCAGGAGGAAUUUCAGCGUAAUACGAAAAUUAAAGAUCAUAUGAGAGACCAUUGUGUUAAUGACUUGGUUGAAUCUUGGUACCAAAUUUUAAAGCUCUAUGAACAAUGUAAUGGUGCUGUGGUAUGCCUGUGUUUAAAAGUAAUUGGAGCAUACAUCUCAUGGAUUGAUAUCAAUCUCAUCGCUAAUGAAAGGUUUAUUAGUUGUUUGUUAUCAUAUUUGGAAAGCGAAGAGAUCCGUGAAAGCUCAUGUGAAUGUCUUUUGGAGAUCAUUAAUAAAGGUAUGGAUGCGGGAGGUAAAACAAGGUUAGUUGAGUCACUAUCAGAUGCUCUUGUAAAAACCAGAAUCAUGGAGGUUAACAGCAGCGCUUGUGGUGAUGUUGACUUUAUUGUCAAACUGUCUGCUUUAAUCAACGGAAUGGGUGUCCAAUUGAUCACUAGUUUUAACAAAUUAACUAAAGAAGAAGCUGAAAAUGGUUUGAAAUCCGAAAUACUACAAGCAGUUGAUGCCAAGAUACCUCAUAUGCUUAGAUUUCUUGGUGAUGAAGACGAUGAUAUCUCAGAGGCUAUGACUGAGUUCUGCCACUCGUAUCUUGGUUUAUUAAAACAGCUUAAUGGUAGCAAUUUGAUGGAUUGUCGAAAACAUGUCAAAAACCUUCUUGUUGUUAUUGUUAAUAAAAUGAAAUAUGACGAAGAAUUUAACUUUGAAAAUGAAAAUGAUGAAGAAGCUGAAUUCAUUGAAUUCCGAAAACAAAUAAAAGUUUUGUUGACAAAUCUUGCUGCUUUGGAUGGGGAUACUGUUCUUUUAUCUAUACAUGAAAUUGUUAUCCACACUUUAGGAGCUUGGCAAAAUUUCUCAUUUAAAGACGUAGAAGUUGCAAUUUAUGUUUUAUACUGCUUGGCAGAAUCCUUUCCUGGUCAAGUUUUAUACAUCGAUGAACAAAAGUCUAAAGCUUUUCAAGAUAUGAUGAGUUUGCUGGUGACAAGUGGCGUGAGUCAACAUCCACACAGUGCAGUCAAGUUGGAGUACUUUGAAACCGUUACAAGAUAUGAACGAUUCUUUUACGCUCAGACUGAACACAUCCCUGCUGUGCUGGAAUCAUUUUUGGAUGAACGAGGCCUGCGAAGCAUGAAUAAGUCUGUUUGCAGUCGUUCAAGCUUUUUGUUCAUGAGAUUCAUCAAAAGCUUAAAAAAUCAAGUGAAUCAGUAUGUCGAGGAUAUAUUGAAACGUUUACAAGACUUGUUGGUAACCAAUAAACAGGACAAAUUACAAACACAAUUAUCAGAAAACGAUAGAUAUUAUUUGUAUGAGACCGCAGCUGUUGUGAUUUCGUGUAGCAACACCACGCAAGAGAAACAUCUUGAAUUAAUGAAAUCGUUGCUAUCACCAGUUUUGGUUUCAUCUCAAACUUUAUUAGACCAGAUUUCUAACAGACAGCUUGAUAAGGAGCAGUCACUCCAACUGGCUGAUGAGUUGCACCAUCUAAUUGCGUAUGCAAGUCGAGCCAGCAAAGCUUUCAGUACAGCACAUACUUUAAAGCAAAGUGGAUGUACUGGUUGUUUUACUGAGGCCUUAAAUUUAUUUUUGCACUCGUUGACGAUUCCAGUCCAUCGCAACAUCAUUCACACAGCCGUACGUCAAUAUCUUCAUCGUAUGAUCAUUUGUCUUCAUGAACAAGUGUUGCCGUUCGUACCCAUUGCUGUGACACAUUUAUUAAAAGAUUGCGAAAUGCGUGACAUUCAAGAUUUUAUUCCACUCAUCAAUCAGCUGAUCACUCGAUUUAAAAACGACAUUGCACCCUUUCUUAGUGAAAUUCUCAUGCCGUUGGUGACGCAAAUCUUUACGUUUUUACAAUCACCUGUUGAAGCAAAUGACCAACAGGCGCUGAAAGAAAAACAGUUGUUACAAAGAAGUUAUUUUUUAUUUAUAUCCACAAUUGUUAAUAAUAAUAUAUUAGAAGUCUUGUUGAAUCAAGAUUCAAGCAAUGUGAAAGAGAUUUUAUUAUCAAUAGUGCAUGGUGCUGUAGAAAUCCCUGACCCGCAGGGUCAAAAAACAUGUUUCAUCAUUUUCAAUAAAUUAUUAGAAUACUGGGGUCAUAAUGAAGACUUUAAAGAUUUUAUUUACGAUAGUAUUCUCCCAUCCUGUUUUCGUGCACCACUGAAUCCUGCAUUUGAUCUGCAAGAUGCUCAAACCAUGCUGGUGCUGAACGAAAUAGCCAAUGCUCAAAAGACGACAUUACAGAAAAGGGGCGUCGAAUUCAUACAGUGGUUGGAACAAUCGUAUUUACCACAAAAUAAUUGUCCCGUAGAAAUUAUCCAGGAAUAUUCGCAAGCUGUACAAACAUUAAACGUAAAAAGUUUCAAAAAUUACUUAAAAGCGUUUUACUCAAGAUGGAAGACUUGACAGCAUGUGGGGUGCUAGUUGUUAAUAUGUAAUUCAAUAUGGUACCGUCAUUGUGGAGUAUCUGGAAGCUACUUAUUUAUAUACCAACAAGGUGUCGAUCUUCAGAUUCGCGUUGUUCUUCCGUUAUGAAUAAUUCUAAAGAGCGUUUUUAUAUUCUUUGAUGAAGAGAUUUAUCGCGUUUUAAACAUUCUGCUUUUAAAGCCAUAUCGUGUUGUAUCGUAUUGCAUCGUGUUUCAUUCACACAAACAAUGUCAAACUCUAACGUAGUAACUCGCGUUAAGUGGGACUCUUAGGGGAUCAAAAAAUCGAUUCUUCUUAGGGAAAAAGCCCAAUUACCGAGUUUUGUAUGUAGGACAUUGACAAAAGUAAUAAAAAAUGUCCUAUUUGUCGGCUAUUUACAAUUAAUUUUAUUUUUGGCGCCCACUUGCGACAUCCUUCUAACGUUCAAUCCACACACAAGGCUUCACAAUUUGUUUAAAAAUGUGUUUGUAUUUUUUAAUGCAAUGUUUUCGAAUUCAAACAGGCUCUAUUUUUAAAGUGAUCUCACUUAACGCAAUACUGUAGCAUAAUAUCAAAAGAGAUUCAAUUUUGAAAUUUUUAAGAAAUGUAAUAAUAUUAGAUUUUAUAAAUAGAAAAGUUCCAACAA